CAACACAAUACAAAUCUGAGUGUGUCAGUGCUACGCUCACCAUGGGCAAGUCCGACACCAGCAUCGCCGCAGAGUUCUUCAAACUCGAGCUGCUGCUGAUACAUACGGCAGAUGAUGCAAUAAAAUGUGUGAAGGCCUUGAAAACCAAUCUCGCUGUCUUCGACAGUCGCCAUGGACUGCACUUCGUCAACACUUCCAAGUCGUUCAUGAGGGGAAACAUCCGUACAGCAAAAGAUGCGGCUACUGAGCUGCGACUCGUGGCGGACCAGAUCGCCAAAAGCAAGUUCCUAUCCGACUGGGAAAUCGCUGCGGCCCGCAACAAGACGAACGCUACCGCAGACGCCAUGAAAGAGCUGAAGAAACAGGCUCGUGUCUACGAUGAGAUGAAUGGGAAGCAUAAUGGCAUCAGCCGCAUCAUCGACAAUGUGCUUGUUAGGAAACGUGAGAAGAAGAAAAGUAACCAAGACGACGGUGUAAUAGCAGCUAUCGACACAGUGGAUGCAGUCGUGAAGCUGACCCUCCGCACCACUUUCAGCGGAUUCCAUGCCUUAAAGCGUCAAAUUUCCGUUGCCGAGAAGUCAGUCUCCCCAUCGCUAGCAGAGCGUGCGAAAGACGUGAUGGAGGACGUUGUGAUAAAGAUUAAGGGAACCCCCGCAACUCGAAGCGUUAGCCUCUAAUCUCGAGAAUCGUACAGUAAUAAUUAAUUUGCAAAUUGUAUUUUUUCCUUAAC